AUGAAAUCUAAAGAUAUAAUCCUGUGUAUUGCCUUCCUCUCCCAGACAGGAAUUGGGGUUCUAGGGAAUGCCUUUCUUACUUGUCUCUUCAUCUUUGUUUUUCUCAGAGGACAUAGGUUGAGGCCUAUAGAUACUAUUCUCAUUCAACUGGCCUUGGUCAACUGCGUGGUGCUUCUCUCAAAGGGCAUCCCAAAGACAAUGACAGCUUUGGGUCUGAUGAAUUUCCUGGAUGAAAUUGGUUGUAAAAUUGUUUUCUACCUUCACAGAGUAGCUCAGGAACUUUCCAUCAGCAUGACCUGCCUCCUGAGUGGCUUUCAGGCCAUCACCAUCAGCCCUAGCAACUCCAAUUGGGCAGGGCUUAAAGUCAGAGCCAAAAAGUACAUCAUUCUCUCUAUUCCUUUCUGUUGGACUUUUCACCUGCUUUUUUGUAGCUAUACUCCUUGGGGAAUUCAGGGACCAAGGCACACCAGAAACAUCACUGAGAUACAGCAUUAUGGAUAUUGCUGUCAUGGAAUUCUUUCUGGAUUUCAACCCUCCUUAUUUGCAAUCAUUCUCUCCUUUCCUGCUGCUGUGUGUGUAGUAUUCAUGGUCUCUGCCAGUGGUUAUAUGGUGUUUCUUCUAAACAGACAUCACAAACAAGUCAAACAAGUUCACCUUACUUGCCUCUUUCCCAGAGCCUCCCAUGAGUCCAGGGCCACCAAAACUAUCCUAUUGCUACUGAGCACUUUUUUCUUCUGUUACUCACUCAACAGCAUCUUGACAACAUAUAUGUCAUUUGUAAAAUCCCCAUCCUGGUUGAUGCAUACCUCUGCUUUCAUGGCUUCAUGUUUCCCAGCUGUUAGCCCUUAUGUGCUGAUCAGCAGUGACUCACAAGUUCCCAAGUACCUCUAUGCUCUUUGUAGGAAGAAAAACCCACAUUUUGACAUUGAUAGCAGAUUGAUAUCCUCUACCUAG